AUGAGUGAGAAGAGAAGAGUGAUGAAAAUGAAUGUAGAUGGAUGGGAGGUAGAGGAAGAGGAGUGUGAGAUAGAACAUGAAAGAGAAAGUAUGAAUGAUGAGCUGACGAGCAAUAGAGGAGAGUGGAAGAGGAAGACGUUCUGCGCUGACCAUUGGAUGUUUAGGAGAUUCGUUCUGUUAGACUUACUCAGUUUAUUAGACCAG